AUAGGAACAUGGGCCGGACUUUAAACGCAUUUCCACCACCGAGGAGCCUUCAGAGGACAAAGCCAGCCCCUACGCCGUUAACACCAACAUAGAGAGUGUGCUCACCGGAAGUUCGGCACUUGCACUCAGCACCAUGCCUGGUGGGGUUGCAGCGGAACAGUAUAUCGAUGGUUCAAGUAGGCCAGUGUCGCAAUUCAGCCGCGUGGGAGUGCAUUUCCGCAACAACGAUGGUACACCGUUGCCCGACGGACACGCGUCUACAGCGCGAGCGUUCUGUCCUCAGUCGCACUUCUUCAUGUACACACAGGUAGCACCCCCCCAGCGGAUAACAGGCAUAGGCCAGACACCACCCAUACAAGGCAACGGCGAGCGAGAAAAGGGCGGGAAGCACUUUGCGCACUCCAAAGCUUCAUUCAAAUCCGAGCAGACGCUCAAACCGACCGGAAUGGGUCUUGGAUCUUCGCACACCAACUUAGCUACAAUUGGAUCCGAAUCGGGGUUGAACGAUAGAGCAGAAAGUGUUAAAUUUAAGCCAAUCAAAUCACCCGGAAAAAGGCAUUCCAGCUCAAAUUCAGCCACAGCCAUGACCCGCGGAACGUCAAGUACAAGCGAUACUCAGGGACUCAGCACCAGUCAUACCGGCACCAGUUCAGCAACCGCCAGGAGGGUACAGAGUACCUUGUUACCCGUCUCAACCAGCGGCAGCACAACCAUAAACUCUAGCAACUCCAACAUGAACGCCUCCGCCAAUCAAACCGCUUCAAAUACUCCCGUCGCCAACCCCUCAGCCAAUGAAAGCGACACGAAUGCCAAUGCCGAGGAUCCGUAUCCCCACACUGUCUACUGUGUCGCCGUGCCCGUGACGGUGGCCAAUAAUAUGAUGUCUAUUUAUAGCGUGUGCUUCUCGUUUUUCAUUCGCGGAGACUUGUUGAGUAGGUACGCCGAGGGCGCUGGAGGAACCGACCAGACGGGCAUUGUACUAGGCGUCAGUGACCAGAGUAUGCACUGGGAAGACAUUCCUGCAGGCAAUAUCAGGGGGAAGGUGGUGGGCCUCAAAGAGCCUUUCAUUAUGUUCUCUCUGCAAAGCUUCUCCGAAGAAAGCACCACACCCACACUAGACGGUGUGGUGUUGGGCCUGGCAAACGAAGAAACCAUCCUACAGGUACUUAGAGACAUCCUGCCGGUUUCAGACAACGCGUUUGGCGAAGAGUGCAUGUUGCUACACACCUCCAACUCCUCCCAGCCUAUUGCAGAUAACAGGCUGUUCCUCUCUAAGGUAGGGGUUAGAAAUUAG